UGACGUCCGUGCAAGGUAAUGGUCACAGGUGAACAAAACUCAACUCUACUCAUAGAGAGAGAGAGUUGCCUGCGUACGCCACCGUCGAUCCAUGUCCUCCUCUCCCGUCGACAUCACCGCGUGUCGUGCGGUGUUUGUACUUCCUCCUGCAUCACCAUUAUUAUUGCUUUCUCGAUUCCCUCAUAUAUUACUCCAACUCAACCGGAUGAAGAAUCUCUAUUGUUGCUGCUGCUUUUCGCAUCUGUUCAGUUUGUUAGUUUCCCACCGGAAAUGGCCUUCUCUCCUUGCUUUCCUCCUCCCCAAUUGUCACUUGAGAUAAACCGUUCAGUGGUUGUUUCUAGACUGACCUGCAGCCAAAGAUUCACUUUUGCUCUCAAAUGUACCAAAGCUGAAAUUUAUGGCCAAGGAGUUCCUGUAAGGAUGUCCAAGCUACUCGGCGACUGGAGUUUCAUGGUUGGAUCAACUAUUAGCAUUAGACCAAAUGUGCGGAUAUUCCAACCUUACAGAAGGAGCUGUAUAGUGCGUGCUUCAUGGUUGGCAAGUUCUCAAAUUGCUAGUAGUGUUUUUACAUUGGGUACAGCAGCAGUUCUUCCAUUCUAUAGCCUCAUGGUUCUGGCUCCAAAAGCUGAACUGACCAAGAAGUCUAUGGAAAGUGCUAUACCUUAUAUAGUGCUCGGACUUCUGUAUGCAUAUCUCGUGUACUUGUCUUGGACACCUGACACGAUACGGCUAUUGUUAGGAAGUCAAUAUUGGCUGCCAGAGCUGUCUGGUAUAGCAAAGAUGUUCUCCAAUGAGAUGACGUUAGCUUCUGCAUGGAUUCACUUGUUAGCUGUUGAUCUCUUUGCUGCAAGGCAGGUUUUCCACGAUGGACUGGAGAGCGAAACUGAGACCCGACAUUCAGUCUCUCUCUGCAUGCUUUGUUGUCCUGUUGGAAUCGUUUCUCAUGUGCUCACCAAAGCGCGAACCAAAAGUUCCAGAAAUUCUAAGCACAAUGUGCAAUAACAACUUGUACUGAAAAGAUGGAUCUGUAUUACAAAAAACACAUUAGGAACAGUAGAUUUUUCAUGAAGAUUGAUAUUCUACAGAUUCAUUAGAAUUUCACAAGGCACUUGUUCUAUUUGCAAGGACGUUUUCUCCGUGAUUAUUUUUCAUUAUCACAAUGGUCAACUUUUGUCUC